GAGAAAAUAAAAUUUUGCUUAAUUCUUUAGUAUUUUCACAGCGGUAGCGGAAAGAACCAGUGAAAUGAGUGCAUCGUUUUCCGGCGAACCAGAGCUUCGAAAAGCUUUUGAUGCAUUUUCAAUCUGGGUGCUCACUAAAUACAUUUCGUUACACACCACAAUCAAACUGAUAUGCGGCCAAAACAUAAAUCAUAAGCUGAGGAAUUACCUUGUGGCUCUUGUGAUUCAUCUUGAAACUCGUGAAACGGAGCUUCUUAUUUUGGAGCAUCGUCUUACCAUAAGGGACUAUGGAGAAAGCUCACACAAAUCUCCAAACUAUGUAUCAAGCAAAGCACGUGAAUACUUCGGCAUCUUAACAGCCUCCAGUGUGAAGCAUUACCUGAACAUCUACAACGAGUGGCCUGCAAUCGAAGCCACAGAUCCAAGCAUUGUUGUGCUGAAUCAGUGCGAUAUGAAUCCUUCCGUCUUAUCGGCUAUUCCAGGAAACGUGCUUUGUGCCAUUAGCAGCAUUCGUGAGCACACGGAGGCAAGAGAUAGAUGCGUGUAUGAAAUCCGUUUUUCAAACGGGAAAACACUUCGAAAGAUAUUACAAGAAGCAGUAUCGCAACAGAGUGAGUCCACUACAACACUACCUAUUGAACCGUACUAUUUCACUGAACCAGAUCCGUUGAAUGGUAUCAGUCUCCUGGAUUUAGCUGCCGAUCUUAACGCAGAUUGUAAAACAGCUGCACCGUUCGGAUUGUUCAUCGUACGGCAGGGGACACUGGAAGACAUUAAGCGAUACAUAAAGAAGAAUUGUAUCGAUCGUGAAGAAGACUUGGUACCGAGUACUUGGUUUCUUGUGAACAAUACAACCGCAUUCGAGGAUACCUUUAAGACCCACGACACCGUUCACGAGGUCAGCUAUCUGCAGGACUACGGCAUAGUGUUCUGGUUACGUAGCAAAGGAGCGCAGAAAGCAAUUGCAAAGCAUUUCACCGUCAGCUUUGACGAUCAGUAUUAUUCCGUUCCUCCUGCACCCAGUUCGAUAAAUGUGCUCAUAUCAAAUGAAACUAACGGAAGCACUACCUACUUGAAAAAUCUACAAAUCACCUCAAAACGGUCUUAUCCGUUCCGGAUAGUAACCCGGUUGAAUGCUUGGGACGUAAUAGACAUCUUGCGCCAAACGAAUACCCGUGUGGAGGAUACCCUGUGCCAUUUAUUCAGUGCAUAUACAGAGAUGGAAUGUUUUGCGGUGAAAACCGGACAAUUGCUCCUUCUAAUAGACCAUGCAACAAAAGACUACUGCCCCUGGGAAGAGAUAAACCUGUUGGUAAAUUUUUUAAACAACAUUCACCACAUAGGCAAUCCUCGUUUAUCCGUAUGGAUAGUUGGUGAUGAUUUUUUCUGGGAAGCGAUCGUAGCUAAUUGCGUCAUCCCGGUUGCUAAGUAUACGCUACCAGCGUUAAACGAAGCAGAACAGAGACAAUGCUUGGAACUGCUGAUAAAAGAUUCUUCUGAAGAUGUGCAGAUCAUUUUACAAAAAACGGUCAACAACAACACCCGGCAGCAAGAAGAAAACGUACUGGGUAACGUGUUUUUGCUCUUCCUAAUAUCGGAGGUGGUUAAUAACGGGGGACAAAGCACAACUUUUCCAGCGGCGUCUUUUUCGUACACUGCCUUGAAGGAACACUUCAUUUGGAAUCAUUUAGGUGCGGCAGGAAGUCUUAGACUGGAGCAGUUGGAAGAAGAGUGUUUCCGUUGUGCAAUGGGAGAUUCUACCGCUGCGAAGCAACAAGUAAGGACAAUCAAUAUGCACCGUGCAUUGCGUAAUCUAUUGGCGGCCGAGUAUCUAUUGCACCAUCCCGAAAAAAUUGAUAUCAAAGCUUACAGGACUGUCGGUCGUAAGUUGAUCGACGAGCUUCUUUUUCGUCACUGUCCACUGGCAGUAGCAGUUCUGCAUCACGACGUCGAGAGAGCUCGCGGAAUGCUACAAGAUUGUACUCCCGAAACCCUGCGGUCAACAACCGACUGCUUGCAGCGUAAUCUUUUGCACAUCGUUCAUGAGUCGUUGGAAAUAAUAGAUUUACUACUUUCGACCAACGGCUUUGCCAUAGAGCAAAAAUGUCCACAGUUAAACAACUGGACGCCCCUACAAUUGGCAGAUGAUAGCGAAGAUUGGCCCAUUGUCGAUAAGUUACUGGCGAACGGAGCGAAUUCCAGUUCAGCUUUAAAACUCCGCACCAUGUCAACGGCAGAACUAAGUGCUACAUUCAACGUGUGCAUCUCUGGUAACUACGUGGCACUGAUCGAAUGGUUUUUAGAGAAUCGAACAGACCUACAGAUCAGUCAAUACAACAUCUACAACCUGUCGGUGGUUAACGAGUUCGACCACAGCCUUCUAUUCCGUCUUCUGGCGCUGGCCAAGGAACAAAAAGUACCAGAACGCGAACCCCCGUACAAAUUUAUCUGGGACAAUUCGGCUCUCGACAAUGCCGUCGCGGAUAACAGAUACGACCUAGCAGCGUUUCUAGUAGAGCAUCUGGCAUUCCAACCGACGCCCGAGUUUCGGGAGCUAGAAAAGGCUCAUUUGAACACAAUAAAUUUGCACUACUAUGAAACACUCUUUGACCUUUGUCGUCGCGGAAAGCUAAACGAAAUGUUCAGCAUCAUGGAGGAAAAUUCUCUCGACCCAUUGCACGAAUAUGACGGCUCAAAUUUGCUCAUUUUGUCGGCUUCGAGUGGCCACCUAAAGAUAGUUCAGUUUCUCUUCGAAAAGUGUGGUUUCGCCGAUCGAUUGGAUCACAGAGAUAAGCUCGGAAACAGUGCAGUCUCAGAAGCGAAACUACACGGCCAUGAAUUGGUCGUUGAAUAUCUUCAGCAACAUGGUGCGACACUAGAUGGUUUGGAAGCGGAUCUUCAAUCCGACAAUCUCCAUAAAACUAACUUUGAAAAGCUCCUGCAGUGCAAUGAGAAAACAUUGGGACAACUAAACGUAGACUAUUUGCGUUUCGAAUCCGGCGAACUUUUUCUGCAUCAUUACAUCCGUUGCAUCGAAGUUCCGAACGAGAAAUUGUUUCGGUUUUUACUGACGCGAUACGAUACAGUUGAUGUUCGGACAUCUACGACCGAUAGUGAUGAAAACCAGCAUGGAGAAACGGCACUUCAUGUAGCGUUGCAAAGUGGGAAGGAAAUUUGCGUUAAAAUUCUUCUUGAAUGUGGGGCCAAUGUAAACGCGACGAGCCACAAGUAUAAGUUGUCUUCCCUACACUUUGCCAUCAUGAACGAUGGUGUUUCGGAAAAGAUGAUCGAACAACUAAUUGUGGGCUAUGGAAUCGACGUUAAUGCAGUCGACGAGCGAGGAAGGACGAUCGCGUUCUAUUUAUCACCAAACAAACGGCUGUGGCGACUGCUCAUCGAUCGCUAUGGGCUAGAUAUGAUAAAACCCGACAACCAGGGUCGUACAGUGCUCCACCACGCGGUAAUGGAUAGCAGUUAUUUUGCUGCAGUGAAAGUGGAGUUUUUACUCCGAUUUUUACACUUUCCGCAAACGCACACCGAUAACGACGGUCGGCUGCCGUUACAUAGAGCCGUGGAAAUGAAUAAACAUGCAAUCGUUGUUCUUUUACUGAAAUAUCGUCAGGAUCUCCUUCAUGUACUAGACUGCGAAGGAAUAAGUGCCGUGCAAUUGGCACAAAAGAUGACCUAUGCAACCAUUAGCAAAGUAUUUCAUAGUCUGCAACAAAAAUGUGACUAAGAAAUUAAUGUCUACUAAUUGUGCCAUUGAGAUCGCUACAGCGCCUAACAUUUUACUGUACGAAAAUAUAUCUAAGCAUCUGUGCAAACAUGAUAAAUACA